AUGGGGAGUGAGAAAGCGUUCAAAAAUUUGGGUGCUUGCACUGCCCUAGCAGGUGUAUUAUGGGCGGUCCCAGUUCUUGCUCACGCGUCAAAGUAUUGUAUAUAUCGGUUAGCUGGAACUUCGCAUCACCGCGAUAGUGAUCUUUUGCGUCUACCCUACUAUUUGAAUAGAACGGUGGAUGUAGAAUCGAACGUGGAGUACAACAUCCAAGUCGUGGGAACCGGUCAGGGUACGGAAGGAAAGCCGCUAAAGUGCCAAAUGUAUUGGGCCUCCGCAACUUAA